UUUAAUAUAAGAGACGAGAGGAGAGCAAAAUUACAGCCAUAAUUUAUUGGUGAUCGAUGACAAUUUCAUUCUAUCGUCAAUAUAGUCGGAACACCAUGAUUCAAUUUGUGUUUCUUAUUAGCCGACAAGGAAAAUUCCGGUUGACUAAAUGGUAUUCUCCUUAUUCACAAAAGGAACGAACUAAGGUUAUUCGUGAGCUCAGUGGAGUCAUUCUUUCACGAGGACCCAAGCUCUGUAAUUUUGUGGAAUGGAGAGGAUACAAAGUUGUUUAUAAAAGAUAUGCUAGUCUAUACUUCUGCAUGUGCAUUGAUCAGGAUGACAAUGAAUUAGAGGUCCUUGAAAUAAUUCAUCAUUAUGUUGAGAUUCUUGACAGAUACUUUGGAAGUGUCUGCGAGCUGGACUUGAUCUUCAACUUUCACAAGGACUCAUUGGUGGAGACUGCAAAAGAACAUGUCGGUUCAAUAAGUAAUAUAAUCACACCGGCCACCAACUGAUCCAAGCCUUUUUGUGUAAAGACACCAUACGACUGCAACAUUUGCCUGCAUUUCUUGCUGUAAUUUGCAAAGCAACAGUAUGUUUUGUUAGUGAGUUGUUGAUUUUGCUAUAUUAUGGAUAUAUAUUACAUGUUCUUUUUGAAUGA